AUGGUCAGCCAGGAUACCGUCGACCUGCCCGUCAUCGACUUCACAGCUCUCAGCGAAAAGGAUGCAUCGAGCCGCCGCACGCCUGUCUCCAUCGACGAGCGCCGUCGACUCUUCACGGCCCUCCGCGACACCGGCUUUGCAUACCUGAAGCACCCUGGGGUGAACCAGGCUACAUUGGAGGAACUCUUCGCGCAUUCCCGGCGCUUCUUCGCGAAGCCGCUGGACGAAAAGAUGCAAAUCCUCGGCAAGCUUGACAAGGGCCGUGGCCCAAGCCAGGGCUACUCCAACCCGCUCAAGCUGGCGCACAAUCCGCAGACCUCGGACUUAAAGGAGUUCUUCGGCAUGUACCGUGACGAUGACACGGUGAAACCCAAUCAGUGGUUGCCUGAUGCCGAUUCGCAGGCGAUGCGAGUGGAUCUGGUUCGGUUCUUCAACUCGUGCCACGGGGUCAUUCUCGAGCUUCUGAGCGCCCUGGCGGAGGAGGUCGGGCUUGCUGCCGACACGCUGCAUCCGUUUAUCAGCGAGAAGAAUCAUUUUAUUGCCUGUUUGCAUUAUCCAGCAACGGAGCCGGAGUCGUUCCGGACGAGGGUGCGCGCGGCGGCCCACACGGACUACGGAUGUAUGACGCUGUUGUUUAACGACUCGGGCGAGGGGCUACAGGUGCUGCGGAAUAACGGCCAGUACGAGUAUGUUCCCCGCAAGGAUGACUGUGCGGUCCUGAACGUCGGCGAUCUUCUCUCCCGAUUCUUCAACGGUAUUCUGCCAUCAACCAUGCACCGGGUCGUGGAGCCACCGUCCACAAGGAACGGCUCGUCCACUGACCAGGUCCCCGAUCGCUACUCGAUUGCCUUCUUCGGGCACUUCAACCUGGAUCUGCUGGUAAAGCCCCUUGAUGUGCUGGUAUCAGCGACGAACCCGGCCCAGUUCGAGCCUGUGGUGGCUGGCGAGCAUGUCAAGGCGCGCGUGAAGCAGUUGCAUGUUGCAGGGCAUAGUCUAACGGAGGACGAGAAGCACGUCGAGAACCGAGCUGCUGGGGCGCAGCCGGCAAUUGCGAGUGUGUCGGCGUGA